UGUUCCGGGGGAGGAGAAAUGGGAACACAGGGGCACCGCGAUGCGACCGCAAAGGGCACUUUAACUUUUGUGAUCAAAGGGGCAGGGGCAUGUAAUAUAUAGUAAUACUAAUCAUAUUGAAUUCUAAUGAAAAUUCAAUAGUAUUGUAAUUGAAAGGGAAGUUGUCACUAUUGUAUUACCUACUAGUAUUAAAAAAGCACUAGUCACUCGGUCUGCACAUUAUAUCGAAAUUAUCAAAAUAUUGCAAAUGUGCAUACCGCAGUGGCUUAUGAUAACGGAAUAAUUUUAAUACUUCAAAAGAUUGUGCCAAGUGUAAGUUUCAGGUUACCGCAGAGUAGACUGGACACAUGACUGUUAUUUACUAGCGAUAUUUACUACUAGUUCGCAUAAAGGAAUAUUUGUUAAAUUGGCUUGCCAUACAGUCAUUGUUCGCUUGACAUAUUUGUUCUUUUAACUGUAGGAUUCCAUUGUCAGACGCUUUAUCAUGACUGAUGGCGAGGGGAGAGAACACUUUCAUUACUUGGAGAGAGGAGAGGUAAGUGUUCCCCUUUCAGCCCUGUACCGGGCGCCCUGUUCCAGUGAAGAGAUCAGCGAUGAGGAGGAAAAGAGCAGCACAUGGAUCCCGGUCCAUGAGAGCUCUCAGGCACAGGGGUCUGGGGCCCGGGACCCCACUCCAGAUUUGGUCUCCGAUGAGGAGGAGAAGCCCCCCUACCCGAUGCUUGCGCCUGUGGUGUUCUUCUGCAUCAAACAGACCACUCGUCCACGUAGCUGGUGUCUCAGGAUGGUUUUCAACCCAUGGUUUGAGCAUGUGAGCAUGCUGGUGAUUCUCUUGAACUGUGUGACUCUGGGCAUGUUCCAGCCAUGUGAGGACCUCAAGUGCCAGUCUGAGCGGUGUAUCAUCUUACAGGUGAGUCUCGCUCCAUUCUGCUAUGAGAGAUGGACUCUGAUAGCUCAUAACAGGAUAAUGUUCCUUCAGAUAUUAUUCCAUAAAAGAUUUAAGAUGCUUUAAACUGUUGAUAUUAAA